AUGUCACUUCGCAGGCUAAGAAGCAACCGAAAAACUAUCGGAGAUGUCAAUUUGGUGACAGAGGAGCUGAAAAAUCUGUAUUACAAAAGACUGCUGCCAAUUGAAAAACAUUAUUCGUUCCAUCAUUUUCAUUCGCCCAGCUAUGAGGAUGCAGAUUUUGACAACAAGCCGAUGAUUCUAGUGAUGGGGCAGUACUCGACAGGGAAGACCACUUUUAUAAGGUAUCUUAUAGAACAAGACUUUUUAGGAGGCAGAGUUGGUCCAGAGCCAACCACAGAUUGCUUCACUGCGCUCAUGUAUGGAGAUGUAGAGGGAAUAAUACCGGGAAAUGCUUUGACGAUGGACCCCAAGAAACCAUUCCGAAACUUGGAUCCUUUUGGGAAUACUUUUUUGAACAGAUUCCAGUGUGUUCAAAUGCCAAAUCCGGUGCUUGAAAAUAUCAGUAUUAUAGACACACCAGGGAUAUUAACUGCUGCAAGGCGGAGACUAAGUCGAGGCUAUGACUUUCCGGCGGUGUUGCGUUGGUUCGCCGAGAGAGUAGACCGGAUCAUCCUGCUGUUUGACGCACACAAGCUGGAGUUCUCGGAUGAGCUAACCCGGGCUUUUGGGGCUCUGUGUGGCCAUGAGGACAAACUGCGGGUGGUGCUCAACAAGGCAGACACAGUGGAUUCCCAGCAGCUGAUGAGGGUGUAUGGCGCCCUCAUGUGGUCGCUGGGGAAAGUGUUCAAAACCCCCGAGAUUCUGAAGGUGUACAUCGGGUCGUUCUGGUCUGAGCCCAGGCAGAAGUGUGACCACUACGAGCUGAUCGAGCUGGAGGAGGAGGAUCUGCUCACGGAUAUAAGGAACCUGCCACGCAAUGCUGCCUUAAGGAAGCUGAAUGAUCUGGUUAAAAGGGCCAGAUUAGUGAGGGCUCAUGCUCACAUUAUUGGCCAUCUGAAGAAGGAGAUGCCCACUAUCUUCUGCAAAGAAACCAAAAAGCACAACCUCAUCUAUGAUCUUCCAGAAAUCUUCCGCAAGAUCCAGCAACAACAGCGUGUGCCAGCGGGAGACUUCCCGGAUUGUACCAAAAUGCAGGAGAAACUUCUGGGCCAAGAUUUUUCAAAGUUCAAGACCCUCAAACCAAGUCUGAUGGCCUCCUUGGACAAACUUCUCACCAUCGACAUUGCCAAGCUGGUCCCUCUGCUCAAAAUACAAGAGCUAUCAAAGAAAUCCCUCCCAGGUGUGCUAGACGCCGAUUUUCUGGGAACGUUUAAGCCAGAGCAUUACAGACGAGACCCCUUUAAGGAAAUUCCCAGGGAAGAAGAGGGCAGUGACGAAGACUUUGACGAAUGGGCGGUAGAGAAGUACAAGCCAAAGUAUGACGAGAUCUUCUACAAUUUGAACCCAAGUGAAGGCAAACUCAGUGGUACUAAAGUUCGAGAGUGGAUGACGGGUACCCUGCUACCCAACUCAGUGCUGGCUCAGAUCUGGAGGCUCUCGGACGUGGACGGGGACGGGAUGUUGGACAAUGAGGAGUUUGCAGUAGCGGUUCAUCUCAUAGAAGGGAAACUGGACGGCUACUACCUGCCCAGAGAGCUCCCUUCGCACCUGGUGCCCCCGUCAAAGAAGAUCAGCGCACCAAGCCAGGAGGAGUAA